GUUCAAACUGAAUGGAAUGUUCCACUUAGGUCGUUCCGCGUGACUGGGGGAGUGAAUUUGGCGCUACCUAUUAAUAGAAUGGGAUACCCCAUUAGUCUGCAAGAUAAGUGUUUGCCCAGUCUGUGAAACUGAUUAGUUUGCGAAAAAUGGCGGCAGGGAGAGCGUAUCUCCUGGUUGUGCCGAUUUUAUUAUUUUAUCAAAAAAUUACAAAGGGGGAAGUUUUAACCCCUCCCUACUUUAACCUGGCCCAGGAGAGGAGAAUUUAUGCUAGUUCCACUUGUGGGGAGGAGGGACAGGAGUUAUAUUGCCGUCUGACCGGGGCCAGCUCAGAAAAUGGGUUCGCUGAUCCUUACAGGGAGAUAAUCCAGGGACAGUAUUGUGACGUUUGUGACCCCAGCAUCCGCGAGCAUCGUCACCCUCCGGAGUAUGCCAUUGAUGGGACGGAAAGAUGGUGGCAGAGCCCGCCCCUGUCCCGGGGGAUGGAAUAUAAUCGCGUCAACCUCACGAUAGACCUCGGACAGGAAUUCCAUGUUGCCUAUGUCUUCAUUAAGAUGGCUAAUUCCCCGCGCCCUGGGGUGUGGGCCCUGGAGAGGUCUACAGACUUUGGACAGUCGUGGCGUGCCUGGCAGUAUUUUGCAGACACCCCCAGUGACUGUAUGAAGUUUUUCGGGGUACCUGCUGAUCAGGAAAUCUAUUCUGAUGAUGCUGUCAUUUGCUCCACAGAAUUCUCCAAAAUUGUACCUCUGGAAAAUGGAGAGAUAGUGGUGUCCCUUAUAAACAACCGUCCUAACGCCCAGAACUUUACCUACGCCAACCAAUUACAACAAUGGACAAAGGCUACCAAUGUCCGGCUAAAGCUGCUCAGGACCAAGACAUUGCUGGGACAUUUAAUGGCUGUAGCCCGACAGGACCCCACUGUCACACGCAGGUACUUCUACAGUAUAAAGGAUAUUUCCAUUGGAGGUCGGUGUGUGUGUAACGGCCAUGCCAACACAUGUGCCAGAAGUGACUCUAGCAACCCUAACCUGCUGGUGUGUGCCUGCCAACACAACACAUGUGGAAACCAGUGUGACUCCUGCUGCCCGGGGUUUGUACAGAAGAAAUGGAAACCUGCUCGGGCAGACAAAAUCUUCAUGUGUGAACCUUGCCAAUGUUACGGCCAUUCUACGGAGUGUGUCUAUGAUGAGGAAGUGGAUCGUCUUGGCCUCAGUGUUGACACGUAUGGUAACUACGAGGGAGGUGGAGUCUGCCAGAACUGUCAGCAUAAUACGUAUGGAGUUAACUGUGAUAAAUGUGUAGCUGGCUACUACAGACCUUAUGGAGUCACAAAGAAUGACACAAAUGUUUGUAGACCCUGUCAAUGUGACCUGAAUGUGUCCACGGGAGAGUGUGAGGAGGGUUCAGGACGAUGUCUCUGUCGAAUUGAAUACGCCGGCCUCAAUUGUGACAGAUGUGCUCCUGGGUAUGAGGGCUACCCCACUUGUGUCCCCUGUCAGUGUCACAUGAAUGGUACAGAGGGCGCUGUCUGCUCUUUGGAUGGCCUCCCUUGUCCUUGUAAGGAGAAUUAUGUUGGAAACCGCUGUGACAUGUGUGCCUCUGGAUACUACAAUUUCCCAGAAUGCACUCCCUGUCAGUGCGACACAAUAAAUGGAGGAUCUACUGACAAUAACUGUGAUGUAGAGACUGGGCAGUGUACCUGUCAAUCAAACUUCGCCAGCAAGGAGUGUAACCAGUGUGCCCAUGGCUACUACAAUUACCCAGCAUGCACUGUAUGUGACUGUGACCCCUCUGGAACCUCUGAGGAAAUUUGUGACAAACAGACCGGUCAGUGUUUGUGUAAAGAGAGCUUCCAGUAUCCUCGCUGUGAUCGUUGUGCUCCAGGAUAUUACAACUACCCCACUUGUCAAGAAUGUCAGUGUGCCGAGCCCGGCUCCAUAGAGAAGGUGUGUCGAGCUGAUGGUCAGUGUCCAUGUCGUGCCAAUUUUGGAGGAAGGACCUGUAGCCGGUGUCAUCCGGGCUUCUUCAGAUACCCGGACUGUUCACCAUGUAACUGUGACCGUUAUGGCUCGUUUGGUGAGACCUGUGAACAGUUGACCGGUCAGUGUGAGUGUAGAGCCACAUUUGAUGGUCUGAGCUGCAGCAAAUGUAAGGAGGGCUUCUACAAUUACCCCAUGUGUGAAGAGUGUAACUGUAAUCCAGCUGGAGCCAAACAGAUCCCUGGGUACCCCCUGGGAGGGUGUGGGGAGGUCAUCAAAGGUCAGCUGUGUGAGUGUAAGGAGCGUGUGAUGGGGAGGAUAUGUGACCAGUGUAUGCCGGGAUAUUAUAACCUGGACAGAAACAACCCAUUAGGAUGUGACGAAUGUUCCUGUUAUGCUCCGGGUACAGUGGCAGGUCUAAAUAUGUGUCACUCAGGUACUGGUCAGUGUACCUGUAAACUGGACGUGGUAGGGCGACGAUGUGACACAUGUGCCAGUGGAUUCUUUGGACUGUCAGAAGCCAAUCCAUUUGGAUGCACAGAAUGUGACUGCGACAGUGGUGGAUCCAUCAAUUUGAGGUGUGAGCAGAGAACAGGACAGUGUCCAUGCAAGCCACGAGUAGGGGGACGCAGAUGUGACAUACCAGAGAGGAACCACUUUUACCCCACCCUCCAGCAGUUUAAAUAUGAGAUAGAGGAUGGCAGGACUCCUGAAGGCUCAAGAAUCAGAUAUGGUUUUGAUGAGACAUAUUUCCCAAAGUUCUCCUGGAGAGGUUAUGCAAUUCUCACAGCUAUCCAGCCUGAAGUGGAAAUGGACAUUGAAAUAAAGAAGCCAAGUUUGUACCGCUUGAUCUUCCGCUAUGUGAAUGUUAACGACAAGGUGCUGCGUGGACAGGUGAUGUUAAAACCCCAGAACCCCACAGAUGUCACUCAGAACAGUGAGGUAUUCUUCCAGGUGGCCACGGAUCCCAUGUUUGUCACCGUGGGCAGUGGACGUGACUACGAGUUUGUCCUCAAUCCUGGGCGCUGGAAAGUGUCCAUCAGUUCUCCUGAUAUCCUGCUCCUAGACUACAUGGUGCUGGUGCCAGAUGCCUACUACGAAGCCACAGUUUUACAAGAGAAAGUCACCCGUCCCUGUAGUAUCCCCGGGGACCAGGGGCCAUGCGUUGUUUAUGAUUACCCUAACCUGGAGAAAUUCCCGAGUGUGAUUGGAGGUAAUGGUUUUGUGAUAGAUCGUAAUGGCAGUCGGAUUCCUACUCAGGUCUUUCCCAAUCAGAUUAUUUUGGAUGAGCUAGGAAUCCCCACCCUGGCACAGCUAGACAAUAGUCAGAGGGAGUUACACCUGAACCUGACCGUGCCCCGCCCCGGAGAUUAUGUGCUUGUGUUUAAUUAUUUUGCCUUAUCCAAUAGAACACAGGAGUUAGAUGUUAUUGCCAAUGUUGAUGGACAGACAACUACCGGAACUGUUCUUUUAUACAGCUGUAAAUACAGUGUGCUGUGUAGACAGGUGAUGAAGAACAUUGAUGAUAUGCCAUCUGUUAUAACUGUCGAUGAUGUAGUUCAAAUUCAGGUUACCGGCGACAAAAACAUCGAUGUAGCCAUUGGUUCUGUGGUUGCCAUUCCUUAUGAUGAGUGGUCGCUAGGAUACAUCCGACCUAGCAUCAUCUGUAUCCGCAUUAAUGGAAUAUGUGUGACCUCUGGAUACACAAUUCCUUCUAGUGGAGUGAGGCUUGACUUUGAAGAUCCUCCAAAUGAUAAUUUAAUUGCCACCACGUUACCUAAUUACAUUACUGAGACCGGGCUCAUAGAACUCAAUAACACCAAUAGAAUUGUAGAGCUGAGAGGAAACAUCAGAAACCCAGGGCAGUAUGUGUUCUUUGUUCACUUUUACAUGCCGUCCGAGGCAGGGGCUGACCUUCCUGUUACCCUGCACACAGAUGGAUUCCCUCCAAUUACAGGAACCUUCAAGCCACGGUUUUGUCCCACGAUCUCUGGAUGCCGCAGUCAGAUCGUGUUUGAUGGAACUGUGAGGAACGUGAUCUCACUGCAGCCAGGGAACUUCACCAUCUUGUUCAAUAAUACCAUGGGUCGAAAUGUCCUGCUGGACUACUUGAUGGUGGUACCCAUUCAGCAGUUCUCUCCAUCAGAUUUGAACCUACAGCGCAUCGACAACUCAGCCAAGUUCCUACAGUGGUGUGUUGGCCCAGGAUUUGUUCUUGUCAAUGACACCGAGUUUUGUCGUUCUGGUGUCUACACUAUAACAACAGACUUUAACAAUGGCGGACUGGCAUGUGGCUGUGAUACGGACGGGUCUCUCAGCUUUGAGUGUUCUAACUUUGGGGGACAAUGUCAAUGUCGGGAUAAUGUGAUUGGUCAGAAGUGUACACAAUGUCGUGAGGGCUAUUAUGGAUUCCCACGUUGCAAACCUUGUAAUAACUGUCCUUAUGGAAUGUGUAACCCAAGGUCUGGAGAGUGCAUGUGCCCCCCGCGUGUGACGGGGGAGAGGUGUAAUACGUGUGUACCUGCUACCUAUGGUUUUGAUCCUCUAGUUGGAUGUACUGAUUGUAAGUGUAACGCUGAAGGAGUUCUGAAUGAGAACAUGAACUGUGACCAGACCACGGGUCAGUGCACAUGUAAGGACAAUGUCGGAGGCCGUAAGUGUGAUUAUUGUCUGGCUGGAUUCUACUCCUUCCCGUACUGUGCUGAAUGUAGUAACUGUGACAGCAAGGGAACCCAGGAGCAGAUCUGUGACGUAAGCAGUGGAGUGUGUCUCUGUAAGGAGAAUGUAGCUGCCCCUGACUGUAGUCGCUGUGAGUCUGGCAGUUUUUACCUGGAUCCAAUGAAUCCUAAAGGUUGUACCAGGUGUUUCUGUUUUGGUACAACAACCCGCUGUGACAGCUCUGUAUUUGUGUGGGCACAGCACCAAGACAUGUUGGGUUGGGAUGUGACUAACACUGCAGAGGGUGCCCUGAGGGAGUCUCAGACAAUUAUAGCUGUCCUGGACUCUGACACCAAAAUCACAGACCCUAACCAGGCCAUGUACUGGAUAGCCUCAGAUUCCUACCUCGGGGAUCAGGUGAAAUCUUAUGGAGGUAAGCUGCAGUUUAAGGUGUACUAUGUAACUCCCAGAGGAAAUGAAACCAGGCUUCCAAGUGGACCAGAUGUCAUCUUGAAGGGUGGGAACAUGACGCUGCACCACAGAUACUCAAACACCCCAGAAGCCACCGCCACCACCCCUGUGGAGAUCAGGCUUAAUGAGUACAACUUUGUCCGGGCUGAGGAUGGACUCGGAGUAUCCAGGGAAACUUUUAUGAUGGUCCUGGUGGAUAUUACAGCAAUUCACAUCCGUGCCAACUAUUUCACUCCCACCACAGAAGUCAGACUUAUGGACGUUCAGUUAGACCAGGCAGUCGAGAGACAAGAGGAAGAGACAACAGACGAUGGAGGAAAUGGAGGGUUUUUUGGAGGAUUCUUUUUUGGUGGAAGUGAGCAAACAACCCCUGCCCCAGCACCACUGGCCCGCAGCGUGGAGCAGUGUCAGUGUCCAAUGGGAUACGUUGGCUCCAGUUGUCAGGACUGUGCCCCAGGGUACUACCGUUCCUCUAAGACUCCAUACCUUGGUGUGUGUAUUCCGUGUAAUUGUCAUGGUCACUCAGACACUUGUGACAAAGAGACUGGGGAAUGUCAGAAUUGCAGAGACAAUACAAUGGGAAAACAGUGUGGAGAAUGUUUACCUGGUUACUAUGGUGAUCCUAUGACAGGGGGUUGUCAGAUUUGUAGCUGUCCGAUGCCCAUUGAGAGCAACAAUUUUGCCUCUGGGUGUAACGUGUAUGAAGGUACAGUGUACUCCUGUGACUGUCUACCUGGCUACACGGGCUCAAGGUGUGAAAGGUGUGCCCCUGGUUACUAUGGUGACCCAACAGUUGAAGGAGAGGUUUGUCAGCCAUGCCAAUGUUCAGGUAACAUUGAUAUGUCAGAUCCAGAAGCGUGCAGCCUGUCUACAGGGGAGUGUCUUAAGUGUCUGAACCACACCAUGGGGCCGGCUUGUGCCUACUGUCAAGACUGGUACCAUGGUGAUGCUGUCAAUCUCAAAAACUGUCAAGCCUGUAGCUGUGAUCAAUGUGGCUCCUCAUCCUGUGACAGGAACACCGGAAGUUGUCAGUGUCAGCCUAACGUUGAGGGCCCCGACUGUGACAGGUGCAAGGCUGACACAUAUGGAUUUGACAGCUGUGCUGGUUGUCAGGACUGUAACUGUGCUGCAGCCUCAGUAAGUUCCCAGUGUGAUGCCGUCACGGGUCAGUGUACAUGUAGGCCAGGUACAGAGGGUCGGUAUUGUGAUCAGUGUAGCGAGGGUUACUGGAACUACACUGCUGCAGGAUGCCAAGCUUGUGAAUGUGAAGAAGAUGGAGCAAUUACCUGUGACAGGGUGACAGGUAGAUGUCAGUGUUUACCUGGAGUCACAGGGGAUAGGUGUGACAGAUGUUUACCCAGGUAUAUCCUUGUGGCCAACAAAGGAUGUCAAGCAUGUGACAACUGUAUUCACAUUCUUCUGGAUGAUGUGGAGGCCCUCCAGAGAAAUAUCAGUGGACUGUCCACUACCCUGGAAUCGGUGUCUGUAGGAAUGACCGCCAACAAUCGACUAGAGGAGAUCAAUCAGGCAGCCAUCAACCUCAGGCCCGAGGUGGACGCUCUGUUAGCGGGACCACAGGACAUCUCUUUGGAUCCACUGUCCAUGGAGCUGACUGCUAUACAGGCUCUGGCUGACAAUGGAAAGCUUAAGUCUGACAGAUUGAUAACACAAGGACAGUUCUUGACUGAGGAGACAGAACAACUUGUCAGGGAUGCAGAUGAUAUCGAGGCCAAGACAGCACAGGUCAAACGGGAGACAGAUGAUGUUGUUCAGUAUGCACAGAACAUCCUGAGACAGAUUUAUGAAGGGAUCAAGGUCACUAACAUUGAGACAAUUAUUAAGGAUUCUAUGAGAAUCCUAGAAGUGAUCAACUCGGCAAAUUUCACCGGUAACGCCGAGGAGUGCAACACAGAGGAAGAUCUAGCCAGGGAAUUACUGGCUAAGAUGCGUUUCCUGUUUGCCUCGGGACAGAGACAGUCCAAUGACACAGCUCAGGUUCUUAAGGAGAUCAAGGACAUCAGUAUGAGAUUGUACGACCUUCAAAGUAAGGCCCAGAACUCUGACAGAGAAGCAGAUGCCGCAGAAGAAUUAAUCAAAGAGCUCAACCAGAAAACUCUUAGCUUACUACAGAUUCGACUGGGAGGUAUUGAGAUGUCAGAAAAAGACACCAUGAUGUUACAUUCAAUGUCUGACCGCCUUCUGGCUGAUGCUAGGGACGCACUGAACAAAUCUGUGGACGAGGCCAAUGAGGCCGAACUUCGUGCCUCUCAGAUUGAUAAUGCUGUUGUGAGUAUGAGGGACUUUGUUGGAAAUUUAAGCAAUGGCCUUGAGGAAGCCAUUAUCAAGGUCAACGAGAGUCAGGAACACGCCCAAGCUCUGUCAGACCAAGCUGACUUCCUUGAAAAUAUUUACACAGACACCAGGGAAACAUCUGCUAAUGCGUUGAGUGCAGCGAGUGCCUUCAAGGAAAUAGUGGAUGCAAUUGAUGAUGCCAACAAUGCUUCCAGUACAGCCCUGGACGCGGCCAAUGAAGCCCUGGGCAAGUCCAAUGGAGUUGGUGAGAGUUCAGAAAACUCUAAGAACAUCAGCAUUGCUUUACUGGAGUCGGCUAGAGCUCUCUAUGAUACAACAGAAGUGGCUCUGGCAGGAAGAUUGCAGGAUGCUAAGCUGUCUACUGACGAUGUGGAGGUAAUGAAUGACAGACUCAGCAAUGAAAUCAAUGACCUCAACAUCCAGAUCCAGGAAUUCAGCAGAAGGCAAUUUGGAAAUAGGACAAGGGAUGCCAGUAACCAGGCAACUGGAGCUGGGCAGCGGGCUCUGAAUGCCCAGGAAAAAGUGGGCACAAUUCUGAGUAAGCUCCCAGAAGACAAAAACAAGAUUGACAGACUGGCCAACACUGUGGCAAAAACAGACAAGAGCAUCAAGGAUGCAAGAAGUCAAGGUGAUUUUGUGAAGAACAAUUUACCCCAGGUGAUAACCCAAAUUGACCUCCUUGGGACAAGGAAUAAAUCUGUUCAGGCCCUGCAAAGGGGGGUAUCUGUCAAUCUGACCCUCCUCAAAGAACGAAUUGAGCUUGCAAGGGAUGCGGCCAACAGGAUCCGUGUUGGUCUGGAGUUUGUUGGAAACACCACGGCUACCCUGCGUAACCCUGCAAACAUUGACUCAGCGGGCUCCUAUUCUACACUGUCAAUGUACGUACAGACACGACAGAAAAGAGCUGUCCUGGCUUAUGUUGGGGCAGACAUGAUGCCAAACAGAGUCACACCAGACUACAUGUCCCUGGAGCUGAGGGAUGGAUUCCCAGUUCUCCGAUAUAACCUCGGAUCUGGUGCUGCUGAGAUUGUCUCAACUCGAGAUGUCUCAGAUGGUAACUGGUAUCUCAUCAAGGCAAAGAGGAUUGGUAAGUCGGGAGAGUUGGUGGUGGAGGGAGACAGGGAUAAGGGUCUGUCCCCUGUCACCAGCACUGGGGAGUCAUCUGGAACAUUCACUGUCCUGGAGCUCAACCCUCAGACAACAAAGUUCUACGUGGGAGGUGUCCCUAGUGAUGUCAGAUUACCUAAUGAGGUGGAGUCGUCCUUCUAUGAAGGGGUAAUGGAGGAGGUGAUGUUUGAUGGCAAACCCUUAGGACUGUGGAACUUUGUUGAUGGAGAAAACAACUUUAAGGGAGCCAUUGAGAGAGAUGUUAUGCAGUCAGUUAUAUCCAAUGGCUUCAGAUUUAAUGGCAAAGGUUACGUAAAAUUAAGUGUGUCCAAGGUCAACUUCAAACCUCGCACGGAAUCCAGUCUCAUCCUUCACUUUAAGACAUACGUAGACACGGGACUGCUAUUCUACAUGGGUAAAACCCCGGACUUUAUGUCUCUGGAGCUGAAGAAGGGACGAGUAUUGUUUCAGUAUGAUCUAGGUGGCAACAGGAGAGCAGAACUGAUCACAAAUAGGACAUUUAAUGAUGGAGAAUGGCACAAGAUUCAGGCCCAGAGACAGAACCAGUUUGGUGUACUCACUGUGGACGAUGGAGAAGACAUCAGGGGCCAGUCACCAGGAAGCAUGAAAGAGCUGAGCUUUACAGAUGAUAUGUUUAUUGGUGGUUACAACAGAAUCUUCCUCCCUAUGAGUAAUGUUACGUCCCGCGGCUUUGACGGCUGUAUACGAGAUUUACAAUUUAAUAUCAACAAAUGGGAUCUGAACAAGAAUGAGGUUGCCAAAGGCGUAGUCCGUGGAUGCCCAGAACAGAUCUUGAGAACUGCCACAUUUGACAAAGAUGGAGGAUAUAUUGCCAAAGCUAUGACAGCUAGCGUUGGCACCAAUUUUGAUGUGACCUUUAGGAUUAAGACAAAAUCUGAUGCUAGUAUGAUCCUUUAUACAUCCAACAAUGACCAGACCUCUGGAUUCUCAGUGGCAAUUGUGGGAGGUCGUUUGAUAGUGACCUCUGACCCUGGCGGUGACCCUACUGUUCUGGAGAGCACGGUCAACACAUACAAUGAUGGAAACUGGCACUAUGUCUCCAUUAUGAAAAUGGGAGCAAAGUUGAUGAUGAACAUUGAUGAUCAGGAAAUGCUCAAUAAGACUGGCCGGUCAGGAACAGCUGUACUCACGGAGCGCCCUCUGUAUAUUGGAGGCACAGACUUCACUAUGUCAGAUAGUCUGGUGUCAUCCACAGCGAGGUUUUCUGGAUGUGUGUCAGAUUUUACAAUCAAUGGAGUUUUCCUGAACUUUGCCACUGUUCCACGACAAAAUGUCAGAGGUGUCUCAUUCAGCGAGUGUCCUAUAGAGGAUUCAGAGACCCCUGUUUCCAGGACAACUGUUCGUCCAACAUUCCCCCCUGAAAGUGAAGAGAAAUCAACCACUGCACCAGUACCAGUGGAGGAGAAGUGUCGCCUAUCUCAGAAUGUGGAUGUAGGUUCAGUUACCCCAGGAGAAGUAGAAGGCAUCAAGUUUGGAGACACUUUGACAAGUCGAUACCAGUAUAACAAUUGGAAGAGUCUGCGAGUCAAGUUUACAAUAUCACUUGAGUUUAAGACUACCAGCAGUGGAGGAGUCAUACUGUACGCUGUUGGCAGAAGGAAGAUAGACUUUUUCGCCCUCACUAUGAAGGAGGGACGCCUUGUCUUUUCUUUUGACUGUGGCUCAAGGGCACUGAAUCUGGAAACUGACCAAACCUACAAUGAUGGCAAAUGGCACACAGUGGACUUUGGUCGAGUCCAGAAGACAGGGAAAAUUUCAGUGGAUGGAGAAACUGCAAAGGAGGGAACAUCCCCUGGUUCUACACAGGCACUGAACGUUGGAAGACCAUACUUUUUGGGGGGUAUUACUCCACAGCUUCAGGCACAUGACAAAGUCAAGGGUCAUCUACAGGGUGUUUUGGGAAGUUUUGAUGGAUGUAUCCGUAAUAUGAAGAUUAAUGAUGAAAGCUUUGGAGAACCUGUGCAGGAACAAAAAGUCAGUCAAUGUGUAGCUAACCUAGAGCGGGGAACAUUUUUCAAUGACCAGGGAGGAUACAUCACUUUGUAUGACAAAUAUUAUGUGGGUCUUGACUUUGCAUUUAAUCUGGACAUCAGACCAAGAAAUCUGAGUGGUGUCAUCUUGGCAGUUCACAGUUCAAACAGCAGUGAUGACUUUAUCCUCCUACAGCUAGUGGAUGGAAAGGUCAUUGCCACAGCUGACAAUGGUAAAGGGGAGGUAACUACCACGUAUAUCCCCCGCCAGGAGAAUGCACUGUGUGAUGGAGAAUGGCAUAGAAUCAGCGUGAACAAGGCUAAGAACCUCCUUUUGUUGACUGUGGAUGGAAUGAAUGCUCCUGCUGGGACUGGGACAAGAGGAUCCUCGGAAAUUAAUUCUAAUGACCCCUUAUACCUCGGUGGAGUUCCAGAUUUUAACCGCCGUGGUAUUUUGGUCGACAGAAAUUUUUCAGGAUGUAUGCGUAACUUUGAGAUCAGACGUGGUAAAGAUGAAUCCUACCAACCUAAAUACUUUGCAGGAGCUAAGGAUAUAACUGGAGACAUAACACUCAACAAGUGUCCACUUAACUGAAUUCAAAAACCAAUCUCAUUGUAUGUGCAAUAAUUAAAAGACAACAGCAUUUGUUGCUCACUAACAGGGUAAUUUUUAUUGAGAUUCAAGAUCAGUUAAAAAGACUUCAAUAAUAUAAAAAGAAAAAAAUUGCUAGAAAGGUUUGCAACUUAUGAAAUUUAUCAUUUGAUCAAUAAUUAGAUGAAGGAAAGAAUUUUCUGUUCAGUAUACAAGUUAGGGUGUGAAUGAAACAUGUAGGUCACAUAAAUGUACAAAUCAAAAUGAUUUGGCAUAUAUUAGUAUGAAGUGAAAUAUUAUUUUGAAAAAAAAAAAUUAGGUUUGGCUUAAUUGUACUAAUUCAUUUUAUCCAUAAUUUUUAAAAAAUUUGGUCAUGUUCUAAAUGUAAUCAAGAGAACAUUCUAGCAAUUUUUUUUUCUUUUCCAAUGAAAGUUUAUAUUUUGCCGAAUGAAAGAUUUGACAGAAUAAUCUCGUUAAUUUUAUUUCCAUGUCUGGUAGUUUAUAUUUGUUUUUUUUUUUAAUGUUUGUUUUUUAAAUCAUGUCACCUUCUCAGAAAUCCCUUUUAAUAAUGAUAAAACAUGACUUUUUUAUUUGUUUUUUUAUAUUCAGAAACUUUUAAAGUCAUUUUAUAUCAAUUAUGAAUUAUACAUUGUACAUAAGUAUCUAUGGUUUUAGAAAUGAAAUGUAUGCACUGUCAAUCUUUUGUUCAGCAUAAGUUCAGGAAAUGAAACUCAUCCCUUUUAGAAAUAUCCCUUGUGUAGUAAUUUUGUCAUUUUUUUUAAUGUUUUCAAUUUUUUCUCAAAAUUUAUGAAAGAUAACAUAUUUAGCUGUACCUGCUAUUUAAGGACAUAAGAUACCCCAAAAAUAUAUUACAGAAUUUGUAAAACAGUUUAGUUCAUGCUUUAUUAUUGGUAAAACACACAUACAUGUAUUUAUCAUGAAAUUUUCCUAUCAAACCAGCCUUACUUUUCCUAUCAAACCAGCCUUACCUUUACAUCCCCAAAUUUAUGCUUUAUCUUUAUUGAAAUCAAUGCAAAAGCAUGAAAAUAUGAAAUCCCUAAAAUAAAUAUGAAUUACUCUAAUUUUACCAUGUAGCAAAUUAAACAAAAUACAGGUAGCUUUGAUAGAACCCCCACUUCCUCUGGAUUUUGGGUAUCUUAUGACCCUAAAAACUUGAUACAUUGUAAUUUGUCAGUGAUGUCAUGAAAGGGGGUAUUUGUACAAGUGAUGUUGAAUUUAAAGUUUAGGCCUUACUAUCUGUUUUCAUGUUUUUGUACACUUAGAUCUGGAUUUAUAUGUAUGUCAGGAGUUUAUGUUGAUAUGUACACUGAAAUUUAUUUGUACAAAAAUAUUAAAAACAGAAAACAAACAAA